GCGGCAGCGGCCGGGAGAUCGCUCCGGCUGCCGCUGCAGGGAGGGCGCCCCGCCUCGCCUUCAUGCCUCCAGCCUGGCGCCGCAGCCGGCUGCCCUGAGCCGCCCCAGCCAUGGGCGAUGGCUGUCUCGCCCCAGAUUGCAACCCCCCCAACCGAUCCAGCUCCCCGCCGCCCGUCCCCCCCAGCAGCGCCUCCACCCUGCCCUACCCGCCGGGCAGCAGGGAGCUGCCCUCCCACCAGUGGGCGGUGGGCAUGCUGAUGGCCCUGAUGGUGCUGCUGAUCGUGGUGGGCAACGCGCUGGUGAUCGCGGCCAUCGGGCGCACGCAGCGGCUGCAGACCCUCACCAACCUCUUCAUCACCUCGCUGGCCUGCGCCGACCUGGUGAUGGGCUCGCUGGUGGUGCCCUUCGGGGCCACGCUGGUGGUACGGGGCCACUGGGUCUGGGGCUCUUUCCUGUGCGAGUGCUGGACCUCGCUGGACGUGCUGUGCGUGACGGCCAGCAUCGAGACCCUGUGCGUUAUUGCCAUCGACCGCUACCUGGCCAUCACCUCGCCUUUCCGCUACCAGAGCCUCAUGACCAAGGGCCGGGCCAAGGGCAUCAUCUGCACGGUCUGGGCCAUCUCUGCCCUGGUCUCCUUCCUGCCCAUUAUGAUGCAUUGGUGGCGGGAUGGAGAUCCCCAGGCUCUGGAGUGCUACCAGAACCCCAACUGCUGCGACUUUGUCACCAACAGGGCCUAUGCCAUCGCCUCCUCCAUUAUCUCCUUCUACAUCCCCCUGAUCAUCAUGAUCUUCGUGUACAUCCGAGUCUACCGGGAGGCCAAGGAGCAGAUGAGGAAGAUAGACAGGUGCGAGGGCAGGUUUUACUGCAGCCAUCCCCAGCCUCCUGCCCCAGCCCAAUCCCAUCAGCCCAUCCUGGGCAAUGGCAGAACCAGCAGGAGAAGGACCUCCAGGAUCCUGGCCUUGAAGGAGCAAAAAGCCCUCAAGACCUUAGGCAUCAUCAUGGGUGUCUUCACCCUCUGCUGGCUCCCUUUCUUCCUGGUCAACGUGGUCAAGGUCUUCAGCAGGGACCUGGUGCCAGACCAGCUCUUCGUCUUUUUCAACUGGCUGGGCUAUGCCAACUCGGCUUUCAACCCCAUCAUCUAUUGCCGCAGCCCCGACUUCCGCAAGGCCUUCAAGAGGCUGCUCUGCUGCCCCAGGAAAGCUGACCGGAGGCUGCACGCCAGCGCUGAGGAGUUCUCCCGGUACCCAGGGAGCUUCAUCAAUACUUUGGGCACCCCCGAGCGCAGCCUAGGAGGGACAUGGUCUGAUUGCAAUGGGGGCACACAGGGAGGCAGUGACUCCAGCCUGGAGGAGAGGAAUAGCAAAAUUUCCUAUUCGGAAUCCAAGAUGAACAGUAAAAAUGAAUUCCUUGUAUCAAAAAAUUACUGCACAUUUUAAAAAAAUGACAACGUAGCCAUUUUUUGCACAGUGUCAAGAAUUGUAAAGAGAAUUGAAGAUGUUACUUGCACAAAAAGUCGAAUUACAAAUAAAACGGGGUUUAAAUAACAUCAAACCCCAGAUCUAUUUCUGUUCUUGUCUGCUAUGUUACAAUUUUACUGAGAGUUACUUUUUAAAUAUUAUUUUAUCAAGGUACUGUAAAUGUAUCGAUAUUAUAAAUUAAAGUAUCUUAAGGGUCUUUUUAUUUUUAUUUUUUAUGUCCAGGUGCCCACGUGAAUCUGCUGUUAUUUUAGCACUUGUGUCUCAUUUCCAUUUUCCUCUUCUGUGUGUGUGUUUUAUAGCAUAUUUAUACUCUGGUGCAAUUUACUACUGUGUAAGUAAUCGGUCAAUGUGCAAUAAAUGUCGUUGCAUCACAAGCAGGUUAUGUUCAGUGUUUCUCUAUAGGUUCAGAAACGAUACCCAGCUAGAAUGAAAGAACAGAGUUUGUUUUGCUUGGAAAUAUGGAUCGGGUUAACGAUACAGUCCUGUCUAACGGCUUUUCCUGACACAAUAUUGUAAGAAAGAAAGAAA